UACUGGUGUGUCUGUGUGUCUGUGUGUGUAGAAGAGCUGCAGGUGUGAUGGACUGCAGAAGUAAGUGGCGUCACAUGGAUAUCUGCUCAGCACACCCCAUCAAGGUACUGCAGUGACAUUCAGAAAUAAGUUUGAUCUUUGUAUCAAGUUUCUAGGGCUACUGAAAUAGGUGAGCAGGGGUUCUGAACGUGACAGUGUGUGACAAGUGGUGUGCGUGAUGCUGAUCAGCAGAAGAACAUGUCUUUCUCCUAGCCCUUUGUUCUUCCCAGCCCAUGUAACCUAGAGCGGCCCAGAAGGCCCGGGGGAUUGUCCCAUGAAUCCAAGCCCAGACCGCAGCAAGGAGUGCCUCCCCCCCAAAAAGCGGGACUCCCGACAGGGCUCAUCAGAUCAGCCAGCCCCAGAGGAUGACUUCAAACCUCCUGCCCCUUUUCGAAGCCGAAGGCAGCACCACUCCACGGAGAGUCACCGAGAAAGCAGGGAUCUUCUACCACCCCCUCCACCCACGCUGCCACCCCUUCCUCUGCCGUUGCCUUGGCAGGUGUCCUAUACCCCCUCCAUGCAUCCUUCAUUCCUUCCGGUCCAGGUGGGAGAGAGGCGAGGGUCAGCUUCGGCAUCCUGGAGAGAGACAUUGUGUGGACGGGGUAUGGACGGAGGACUGGAGCACACUAUUGCCCAUCACUCUCGUUGGCUGAGCAGUGACAUCCCCCCAAUUAGUGUGCAACCGCUCAUCUCUAUGCCCAUGUUCAAAAGUGUCUACACAGCCGAAUCCAGAGAAAUGUGGUCCUACGGCCCCAGUCGACGAGACUAUAGCUCAUCUCUUUUCUCCCCUCAUCUCUUUCCACAGCCUACAGUGUAUCCCCAUGACACCCUGCCUGACAGCAGACUCAGGUACCAAGGCAGACGGCCCAAUGGUGUUGAAGGCACAGACAGUGGGUCUGGGCCUAGCAGAAGGAUGGCCUCUUGCGAUGGCCGCGGAAAUGAAAAUGUGGCCAGGUUAGAUGGUCCACAUGCCAAUGGCAGGAGAAGACAGGAGAACACAACAAGACAGACCACCGGAAGAGGCCUUCUGCCACGAGAGAGCACAAGUGCACAUUCCUCACCGUGGGACAGGGACCCUCUGGGAACACCCAAAACACCAAUACCCCCCUCACCAGAUGCAAAGAUAGGAAGGGCAGUCACUUCUCAGGAUCAUUUCGGUGGUAGUUCCUCUCAGGCUGGAGCUCAAAUCUACUAUGCUGUGGGGUCCCUUUGCCAAUCUGCACACCAUAACUCUCCAAAGUACCCACAGCUCAGUCCUUCUGUGUCCUACUCCCAGAGAAAGUCCCAGCACUUCCUGCAAAGCCAACACAACAGCCAUGAGGUUGAGACCGAAUGGGAUCCCUCAGUAGGGUCCUACCACCCUCCCGUCGCUGUGCUCACUGGCCCUAACCCACCUCCUUCUGCAGUCCUACCUCAUUUUGCCAAAGGUUCCCUGAUCGAGCUGGCUGGUGGCCAUCUGAAGAGGGUGGAGGAGCUGAAGACAGAGGAUUUCGUGCAAAGUGCUGACACCUUGCCUGAGUUUCACCUGAGCACUUGCACUAUUCUGUUAAUCUCACCCGGACCCACGUACGGCUUCAACCACUUGCAGGUCUUGCUCACAGACCGCAACACUCAGGAGCUGCUCACAGUCUUAGCGGAGUAUCCAUUUUUCGUUCAGGACCGCGGCUGGUCUUCUUGCAGUCCCCAGCGGAGCGCCCAGCUGUAUGGCCUGCAGUGCCGUCAGCUCAGCACAGGGGAUGUGUGUCUGGCACUGACUCCCACACCUGCUUCACCUCACUCUGACAGUCAGGUGCAGCGUCCACACAUACACUCAGAGGACAUGGUGGAGAGGAUGCCCCAUGCCCCUGCACCUUCGUCUCCACCAGCGGGACAGUCUUCUCCUUCCAGUUUGCGAAGUGAACGGCCCCGCGCCCGCAAGAGACGCUGGUCCGCCCCUGAGCUCCAGCCAGGAAUCAAGACUAGCACCCAUUUACCUCAAGGCUCUAAGCACGAGAGACAGCAGUAAGGUUUCAAACUGACACCACAGGAAGGUCUAGAGUAUGAUUAUUGAUAACCUCACAGAUACCAUGGAAUAGCUAGUAAAUGUGAUUACAGAAUGUAGAAAUACACAUGAUAACCAGUUCCAAAAAAGCACAGUGAGACAAUCAAAAAUCACUUCUUUGUGAUGCCACGCACCUUUAAAUUAUUUUAAUCUCAAGCGUUUUUCUGCAGGUAUGUCUUUUUAAUCCACAUUACAGGGCAUGAGUUAAUCACAUGCGAUUGUCAAACACAUCUCAUCAGUCAAGCCAGUUCCAUGAUUGGUAGUAAAUCGCCAUCAUCUGCGAUUAUGAACGUGAUAUUGACUUGCUUGUCAGUGAUCUACAGUUCGGUGUAUUAAAUGCUGCUCCAUCUGAAAGCAGGUUAUGGCGAUUAACUACUAAUUAUCGAACCGGCUUUACUGACGAGAUGCACAUGACAAUCGCAUGUGACUAAUUGGACAGCCCUACUGUAUUAAAACAAACCAAUACUACUGGAAGAAAAAGACAAAGUACACAAAUAUAUGAGAAUAUAUCAUAUUAUGAGUGUUCUGUGAAUAUGCUACAGGAAAUAGUCUACUGUUAAAUUUGUAAUGAUGUCUCGUUUUUGAACUGUGUACGUACCUUCAGUCUAGCGGGCAAGCUGAAUGUAUUAAGCAGCCUUCAGCCAGGCUUUCAGUGUGGGGUCAAUAUGCUAGUUCACUUUAGCAUUACGCUCCAGCCUGUUCUUACCAAGGAAAGAGACACUAAUGUGGGAAUGAAAGCACACUCGAACCUGGGCCUGGUGUUUUUAGAGUGAUGGUGCUAAUGACACAUCAGAAAAGUCCUCUGCUGAUUGUGGGUUUCCCUUUGACAUUUGCUUGUGAAAAAGGACAGAAAUGUAGUGUUUUGAAAUCAUAUACGGGUAUAUCUACUCAUGAUUAAGCACACUCUAUCACUUUAUUUUUCCCUCUUUUUUCUGUGGUUUCUCAAAUAAUGUUCGCUGUUAGUUUUUUGUUUCUUCAUAAAUGUUCUAAUUGCUCUAAAAAUGUAUAUUUUUAAAGUUGUGAGACUGUAAUACAAUGUUCGCUAGAAAUAAAAGAACAGCUUUCUAGAUUUAUAUCAAAUUCUAUAUUUAGCAUCUUAAUGAGAUGAGAAAUGAGAAUGAUAUUGCCGCAAUUUUCUGAUGUAUGAAAUACCAAACCUUGAGAUGUUACUAUGGCUACUUUCACACUGUUAGUGUGAAAUGUCCUGUUCUCACAGCAGCUUACCAGAGUAGAACACUGUCUGUAUCAUUGUGUAUUCUAUUUGUGUUUAUUACCUGUAACCAUAGUGUAGGUGGCUAAGUAAAUAUCAAUAACGGCGAUGUGCAAAAAAUGCAUCUGUCAUCUCGCAUUUGGCUCAGCAUAAAUUCAAUAGUGGUAA